AAUAAUUUAUAUAAAAAUAAAAAUACAAAGUAUCCGAUACCCGGAUCUCGCUCGUCAUGCCCAUCACCUUUCUGUCCUGCACCGGUCACCUUCCACCAGCCAUUGGGGUCUCUAUCGCACCGGGGACAGCUCGGCUAGACAGCUACGCGACCCGGCCCGGCGGCGGUGGCCGGCAGCCGCGGCGCGGUAAAGCACGCCCUCCCGGCAGUGCGCUGGCCCCGCCCCCGGCCGCCAGCAGCCAAUGAGCGGGCGUUAUGCCGGGCGCCGGCAGCACCACGAAGUGUGAUUUGAUCCCGGCUUGGGGCGCCCGGCGGGCGGAUUAGCCACGGUGCCGGUGGGGGUGUGAGGUGCGACCCAGCCGCCACUGUGAGCCGUCAUGGGCGACUGGAGCGGUCUGAGCCCGCGCGCCAGGGCGUUUUCCGUGGCGGGACUGCUGCAGCUCUCGGAAGCUGCAGGUCAUGCGGGUCGAGCGUCUCGGCGAUCGGAGACGACUGAAAACGAUGGCAGUUCAGAUGAAAACUACGUUCUUCAAAAUCCCACCGAUGGCCUUGCAGAAGCUGGCGGUAUUUUCAACCAUGCAAUGUAUGCCCCAUUUGGAGGUCAGCCAGCAUUAUCAGCUAGAGCGACACGGAGUCCGGCGGACGGGAGAAGCAGUUGGUCUCCAAGUACCAUCGCAACACGAGGCAUCGGGUCAAAUGAAGUCAACCAGCUGCCAGCACGGUUCAACAGAUCACCCUCUGACUGGAGCGAAUUCGGUGCGCCGUCAGACCAGCUCGGAAGAAAGGCCAGUACACAAAACAUUCUACGGAAGGAUGGCCGCUUCUCCAACACUACAGCAAAUCAAGGAUUGAUAUUCUGCGAAAGUCCGAACGUUUUGCAGCCAAGUGAUCACAGCUCGGGUAUCCCAGUCUCGAGCCACUCUACUGCCCCGGGUGAUGAUGGUGGCCAGAACGACCGGGUGCCUCCCAGGCACGCUGCCUCUGCCACCUUUACCACCGAUUCAUACCCAGCCGCGGACCCUGCCAUGGACCUUGCCGUUGAUUCCUCCAGGCACCUGCAAUCGAAUCCGGGAUCAUGUUCCUUCGUCCGAUCACCAAGCUCUCCAGGCGCCCGCCGAAGGGUGAGUCCAAGUCCAGCACGAGGUACCGAAGAGGGUGCAUCCGACUCCGGAACGGGAAGCGGUGACGAUGAUGAGCAUGAGGAUCUCAGUGCCUUCGCAGCCCCGAGAUCAGGUGGAAUGUCGAGGCAUCCAGUGCCGUCCGGGCACCCUCCCCAGCAGAGCACGUCUAGUCAAUUGUCUGAGCAGAAAAGGACGACUUCAACAUCUUCAGCGGAGCAGGCACGACUCCCGCCGUCGUCGCCAGUUGCUGAUAUGUCGCCAAAGACAGAGCCUGAGCCGGACCGAGUGACGCCUACUGAGCCGACCCCGGUAGCGGGGCGAGACGUGGCCCCAGUAAAGCCAGAGCUAUCCCCGACGACAUCACGAGACCAGGUUCCCCGGUUUCCUGGCGGGUUGGGAGCGGCGCAUGAGGAGCCCAAGGACCCCAGUCUGGCGGCGCUGGGUAUCACAGCGGAACUAUGCUCCAGAGAUCUGUGGCUGGAGUUCCACGAACACGGCACUGAGAUGAUCAUCACCAAAAUGGGCAGACGCAUGUUCCCAACUGUGAAGGUGCGUCUGCACGGCCUGAAGCCGUCUGACUCGUACAUCGUCUACAUGGACAUUGUGCCAGUGGACGACAAGCGCUACCGCUACAUCUACCACAGCUCGGAGUGGGCAGUGGCCGGUCCUGGCGACUCAGUCAUCGGCCCCAGUCGGUACGUCCAUCCCGACUCUCCGGCCCUGGGUCGACUCUGGACGUCACAGGGCAUCGUCGCGUUCGACAAACUGAAACUGACCAAUAGGAGGGUCGCAUGCAGCCCAGCACAGAUUUCUCUGCAUUCCAUGCAGAAGUACCGGCCUCGUGUUCACGUGCAGUGGACAAACGACCUGGUGACCCCCGUUGAAGAGCAGAUUGACCUGCGCAGGUCACUGACCUUCUCCUUCCGGGAGACAGAGUUCAUCACGGUUACAGCCUAUCAAAACCAAGAGAUAACACGUCUGAAAAUCGCCAGCAACCCGUUCGCCAAGGGUUUCCGAGACAUCCCCGCCAGCAAACGCCAGCGGACACCAUCGAGCGACAGCUCCGGCAGCUGCAGCGGCGGCGGCAGCCAGAAGGCAUCCAAGAGAGCACGUCAGGUGGCGCCGCCUAGCAGCGGGCUAUGGAACUACAGCUACCCCCUGCCGGCCACCCACCCUCACCUGUUCUGCAUCGAUCCGUUCUCUCCCGUUGCGCUGCUGCAAUCGUACAGUCUGCAGAUGCAAAGCCAGUACGAGAAGCGGUGACCCCGGCAACGACAAGUUCUCGCUGUCGCCGCUGGGUGGCAGCACCGCUGCACCCGCGAUGGCGGAAUGGUGAUACCUCCUGGUGAAUCGUGUACAAAUCUCUGUGACAUGGGAGACGAGACGAUGCUGGAUUACGAUUUACGAAUGGGAAAAGAUGUGUUGUGGUCGCUGAGCAGUUGACCGAAAUCUUUAUAAUAUCUUUAGGACGUAAAAAAGGGC